CGGUUAUAUUUAUCAGCCUCAGGAGUCCCCCAUAGUAAAGCAACGGAAUGCUAUCUCAGGGCCAAGGAGAACCUGAAGGUAUGCAGAACUUGGACAAGAACUGCAGGGUUUGCAUGGAGUGGCAAGAGCAUUGCUACUGGAGCCACAUGGCCGAUGACCAGAAGCACUUCUUCAAGCCUAUGGUUGGGGGCUUCGCUGAAACCAUGAGCAUACCUGCUAGAUUUGCAAACAAUUUCAACGGCCACAUCUCGGAGGUCGUGAGUUUGAAGUCCCCAAGUGGCAAAACAUGGAGCAUUGGAGUAGGCAAUAAUGAUACCGAUGAAGUAUUCUUGCAGUCCGGCUGGAAAGAUUUCGUCAGUGCUCACAGCAUUGCCGAAGGAGACUACCUACUCUUCAAGUACAGUGGAGUAUCCUCCUUUGAUGUCCUGGUGUUCGAUUCAAGCGGCUGCGAGAAAACAUCGCCCCAUUUUGCCAAAAAUCAUGGGUAUGAAAGAAUCGAGGGUUCUGCCGGCGUUGAAGGUGCGCGACGCGGCAGCCACAAAUUCAAGGGAGGUAAAGACUGUACACCACAGUUGCUGCCAAGCGAUGAGGAUGAAGAUGGUGACGAUGACAGCGAUCUGGAGUUGGCAGUUCAGAAGAACACCAGCAAGAGCAUCUCCAAAUCAUGCAAACGCAAACUCUACCGUGACAUUGAACAAGUUCAUUGCCAAGUCAAAAGUGAUGAAGACGAUCUUGAGCUAGAUCACGAGGGCGACGCGCCGACCGGGUACUACUUCUGCAAGAAUGGCCCGGUGAGCGAUUACCAUCUGACGGAGGAAGAUAGGGAGGAGAUAUCAAGCAUCCGAAUCCCAGCCCAGUCGACGAACCCGGUGUUCGUGCAGGUGAUGCACCCCAGCCAUGUCCGCGCCCAGAAACCCGGUGUGGUAUCCAUUUCUUCAGAGUUUGCAUCGAAGUACCUGGGAGCAGGCCGCGGGGACAUCAUCCUUCGGAGGGUCAGCAUCAAGGGGAAGUGGCACGCCCGCUUCACCUGCAACAGGUUCUCCCGUGGCCUCACCGGCCGCGGCUGGUGCGGCUUCGUCGGCGACAACGGCCUCCUCGACCACGACGUCUGCCUCUUCGAGUUGAUGAAGGGCCAGCGGCGGCCGACGAUGACCGUGCACGUCCUGCGCAAGGUCCGCGGCCACUUCGUCCUCCUGCGCUGAAGCUCGUGGCUCCUGGCCAUGGUUGCAGCCAAGCUGGACUCUGCGUGCUCUGCUGUAUGUGUCUCUGUGCAGUGCAUGAUGUCGUCGUCUUCGGCUUCGCAGCGUAUGAUUAUGUAGAGCUGCAGAAACCUCUCAAUAAGCAGCUCUUGUAUCUGUAUGAUUAGACGAUCUAUCGCAUUGUGCUCGGUUUGUUUGAACAGCUCGUACCACCAACUAGUUAAAGUGACUAAUGGA